CCACGGAGCUGGUAUGCGUCAUUAUGGUUCAAGUGGAACGUUCUUUGGUUAGACCAUGAGUGGGUAGGAUCAUGGGUACACUUUCGCAAUCCUGGCUUUGUCCCUUUAUUCCUUAUUUACAUGGUUUCAAUCAUAAAACAAAGUAAUUGAAGUGAGUGUCACAUAAAAGACAAGCUUUGCUUUCACUGAAUAUUCAGAAAACUUUAAAAACUAUAUAAUUGGAGGAAAUAUCUGUCGGAUCGUCUCAAGAUGAUGAUGGACUACUUUGUUACGAAUAAUUCCUUGGCACCCGCUCCUAUGGGAAUUCAGAGCACAGCUGGUGCUGUUCCUGUAAAAAAUGACAAAGGAGAACUGUCUAUGAAAAAAGUAAAAGUACAUCGUUAUGUUUCUGGAAAACGUCCCGACUACGCCCCAGCAGCCAGUUCAGAAGAAGAAUCGGAAGAAGAUGAUUUUCUGGAAAAACGUGUACAUAAAUUAUACGAUGAAUCUGAAGUUAAUACGGAAAGUUUAGAACCAUCGCAAAGUAAAGUCAGAGAUGAGGAUGAUCCUAGAUUGCGACGCUUGACUCGUUUGAAUAGACAGAAAGAAGCAGAAUCAGAAUAUCGAACAGAGAGACACAGGCAUGUUCAUGAACCAGAAGUGCUGCAAACAGAGCCCGAAAGAUUACGGGAAAGAAUUAAACUUGAAAGCUCGGACUCUUCCGAAGAUGAAGAAUUGUCAGAUUCAGAGAUUGAAAGGCGACGUGAGGCAUUAAAAAAACGAAUGUUGUCAAAAAAAGAUGCUGAAGAAGAAUUGAUACGAGAUGAUGAAGAAGAAAAGUCAGGUGACAGCUCCGAGGAAACAUCUGAAUAUGAAGAAUACACAGACUCAGAAGAGGAGUCAGGGCCUCGAUUGAAACCCAUAUUUGUCUCUAAAAAAGAUCGAAUCACCGUCAUGGAAAAAGAAAAGGAGGCUUUAAAACAAAAGCAAGCAGAAGCCGAAGCGAAAAAAAUGGCUGAAGAGAGAAGGAGGCAAACCUUGCGAUUAGUGGAGGACUUGGUACGCAAAGAGAGCCAGGUGAACAAAGUAAGCAGCGAUUAUGAAAGUAAACUCGAAGAUGUCUGCACCGACGACGAAAAUGACGAAGCAGAAUACGAGGCGUGGAAGCUACGGGAACUAAAACGAAUAAAACGAGAUCGCGAGGAACGUGAACAGAUUGAAAAGGAGAGGUUAGAAGUUGAACAGCUGCGCAACAUGACGGAAGAAGAACGCAGACAAGAAGCGCGUCUUAAUCCAAAAACCAUUACGAAUAAAGCUGCAAAAGGCAAAUAUAAAUUCCUGCAAAAAUAUUAUCACCGCGGUGCGUUCUAUCUAGACAAAGAUGAUACUAUUUUCAAACGAGAUUUUUCUGGAGCUACGUUAGAAGAUCAUUUCGACAAAACUGUUUUACCGAAAGUUAUGCAAGUGAAAAAUUUUGGCCGCAGUGGAAGGACAAAGUACACACAUUUAGUGGAUCAAGAUACUACGCAAUUCGAUUCGCCUUGGAUCUCAGAAACUGCUCAAAACUUGAAAUUCCAUAAUAAUCAAGCAGCUGGUAUGAAACAGAUAUUUGAGCGACCAUCUUUAAAAAAGCGAAAAAACGACUAAAUAUGUUUUUUGUUGUUGUAUAUUUUGAACUUAACCAUUACUCUUGUGAUAAGACUGCUAAUUUGGCGAACCCUAUUCACAAUAAAAUAUAUAUUCAUGAAAAUAGUA